UGUGAACCCUAGUCUCUUGCGGGGAAAAUAUGCCGGAGAGCGAUGGGUUGCGACGACAUUUGCCAGCUCCGAAGCCUAUCCGACGAGAUUUGGCGCCGACCUACCCUGAGGCGUCGUCAUGCUCUGGCCGUAUCUAACCCAAGUAAGGCGAGGCUCUCCAUUCUUCAAACCUCAGCGACGACGCCUCAGCCCUGUUUCAUUCAUUUCUUAUUCGACAAAUCGCGCGUUCAUGGGUUGGUUUUUGCCUGAUACAUUGAUCGAUUUCUUCCAUAAGCGUGCCAGUCUUCCUUUUGUUGUAUCGUUGACUUCUUGAAUUUGCCGUCACUCCUUACGAUACAAUUACGAAGUACCCGAGAUCAUCGAAAGCUCCCGCUUCGCUCAUCUUUCAGCACAAUGAGGUUCCUACCCAGACUGGUGCACGUAUGUGCCGGUGCAAUGAUAAUGAUCGUGUUAUACUUCGCAUGGCUGCAACGUCCAGCCCGCCUCGAAGAAACCAUACAACAAGCAUGGCACAACACGAAUCACCGGAUAGUCGUCUUCGGAGACGAUUGGUCUGACACUGGAAACUAUCGAGUUUCUCCACCUCCUGAGCAGAUGGUUGCUAUCCGAGACCCUGACCGUGGUGAGAUGUGGACGGAAACACUGUGUACAGAGCUCAAAUGCGACUUUGUCGAUAACUUUGCGCGCUCCAUACCGUUGAACGCGGAUACGGAGGAUGUUGUCGGGUCGCUGGCUGACUCAGACAUCUACGCACAGUUGGUGAACGGGUCGAAUAUCGGCCACACUCUGACUUUGCUCGACGACUUUCAGACACAGGUACAAAGCUUUAUUGCAUUCGACAAGGAGAAGCAGCACAUCCCUGAACGCCUGCGUAAAAUUGAUGAAUGGACUGUCUUCACUGUCUUCUUUGGACUCUGGGAUUUGCUGGAGUACUCGAUGCUGGACAAAGAGUCUGCCAUGCGCGCCAUCGAUAUCAGUAUUGCAGAGAUCUUCAACAACCUCGACAGGCUUGCGAAGCACGUUGGUUCGCCAACGAAAAUCAUCAUCCCUAAGAUGGUGGAUAUCACUUUGUUGCCGUAUUUUCAGUCGGAGAAAGACACUGACAAGGAGCACUUUGCGGAGAACCAACAUCAAUCGGUGUUUCUCUGGUCGUACUGGAACACUGUACUGUCUCGAACUGCGGCUCAGUGGCAGCAUGGCCCCAUCUUCAUGCCAGACCCAAACGCCAUGGUCUCGCAACAAGUCAGAGACCAACAACUGUACAUCAGACAGAUUUCAGAUGCAAAGGGUACUGGCAGACAGGCGCCUCUGUUCGAAGAGGUCGAACGGCCCUGUCUAUCACUGAAGCCGGAGAACAAUGCAACCGAUCUGCAGGCAGCCGCGGUGGAAAAGUGCGCGGAUCCCCAUCGCCACCUAUUCUGGAACGAUAUCCAUCUUAGUGGUCCUGCUCAUCAGUUAAUCGGCAAACAAGCUGCAAAACUCCUGCGCAAUAACCAAACUAUCAACGACGCGAAGCAACAAGGCGCUCAGUCCUUCCGGCUAAAAUACGUCAAGUCCAACAUGCAGAUCGACGACAGCAUUUCGCAGUCUCCUAUGGAUGACACCAAGUCUGCUCGCAAUCUGCGAAAGGGCAGUGGAGUUCAGGUGCCUUGGUCUGCGGGCAAGGAAGAGGAGCCUGCUUCGCCGCCCGCUGUGUCGUCCCCUCGAGCCACCAGAAAGAGACUUGUACCGCUUGAGGAGGUCAAGGCGGAAGACUUCGUCGACAAUGGCAGCAUGGAAGAUAGGUGUCCUCCCAGCGCUACUUCAACCGGUUCUGGGGAAUUGUGUGGUUCUGUCUGUCUCUGUCAGCCUGAACCCAAGAUUCCUCGACCGAGGAAUGCUUUCAUCCUUUAUCGGCAACACGAACAACAGCACAUCAUCGCUAGCAACCCUGGACUCAACAACCCCGAUAUUUCCAAGAUCAUUGGCGAGAAAUGGAACAGGGAAAGUGACGAGACGAAGAAGAUGUGGCAGGAUCUUGCACAAGAAGAAAAGGUUCGACACCAGGAACUGUACCCGGAUUACCGGUACCAACCUCGUCGCGCCGGCAAACCCGGAUCAUCCCCUCUGAAUCCGUCAGGUCAACACACGACCGCCGAUAAGUACCGCUGCCACAGAUGUGGAGGUCGCAGCAUCAAGACUCCCACCAGCCCCUUCUUCGAUCCCGCCCGCACUCCAAUGUUGCCGCCUCCUACCUGCUACGAGAGCAUCACAUCAACAACACGCUACCUACCUGUGAUAAGUAAUCUGAGCCUGCAGUCACCCCGUGGCCGCGGCCCAGGCCCAUCAGGUCUCAGCAACAUCCAGGUAUCGUCAGCAAUACGUGACGAUGGAGCAAUGUACAGCCCCCUUACACCAGGCCUCAAGAGACGUCGAUUCGAGCGUGGCCCACCUAGUAGUGGGCAGAGAUUCGACUAUCCCCAGAGUUCUCCACGCCGGGAAUCUCUUCCUCCCAUCCACGUCCGCCGUUCUCCAGGUAGCACCAUCAUGCCUCCUCCCGGCACGCCUCGCGACGUGCGCCGCCCAUCGGUCAUGGAUCUGAACCUCGACCAGCACGGCCAGCCCAGGAGUGUAGAAGAAACCGUGCUCAGCAUCUCACAUCAGAGCAUGAUCAAGCUACUCGGUCGCAUCACACCUCCGUACAAAGACACCACUCCCGCACCUCCAGUCCGCGGAGCCAUCAUCGCCAUCGAAGGCGACGACCUCCCCGCCGUGAAGGAGCUCACAAGCUGGCUCGCCUCAUUCCUCGCCCAGCACGAAGAAUACCACGCCAAAGUCGCCGAGCCGCCUGCUAGCCCGACGGCAGAAAAUGUCGCGUUUGAGGACUACCUCGAUCUGAUCCGGACGUGGCAUGGGAAGAGUAGGGAGAUGAUAAGGUACAUCACCACGCCUGUUCCUGUCUUGUCUGCUGCGGAGGAGUCGCGCACAGCUUCUGCUUCACCGCCAACUACGCGCAAAGACUCGGCAACGCCUUCCAACGCGCUUAAACCUAUCCUCCUCCUCCCAACCUUCCAGCUCCACGCCUCCGUUGCUUACGCUUCCCGCAUCCCUGUCCAAGAUGCGUACAGCUCGACAGACCACUGGCAGUGGAUGGCGACGCUGUGGCGCGGCACCGUGGGCCCGGAUCUGACUAUUUUCGUUCGGACGGGGGAUGCAAGGGAGGCGUUGGCGGGCAGUAAGGCGGUUGAGCUGGAUGAGGGUGUGCGGUGCUUGACGGUGGUGCGGGAACGGGAGGGGGGGUUUGGUGAGAGUGCGUUGCGUAGGGUGGGGUUUGAGGUUGGGGAGUUUGUGAGGGUGGUGUGUGGGUGAGGGGAUGUUUCUUUUUUUAGGUGGGGAGAUGUAUGUGUGUUUCUGUUCAGGAUGGCGAGAGAGAGUUUAUGAAGGGGGUUUGGUUGGAUAGGUUUGGUGUUGUUUUGUGGGGUAUAUAUGUAUAUCACGGGGCGCUGUGUGAAUGGAGUGUUGUAUAUCUG